AUGUCCAACGAAUAUAACUACGAUGCCGACGCGCAAUUCUUCCCAUUCUUCGUGCUCACCGUCACCUCACUGGUCACAUUACCCCUGACCUACUCACUGCUCCGCAAGCCCGCCGACGCGUCCAAGCUGGCAAAGGCUGGCCACAUCGAUUCGAGCUUUCGCCCCGAAAAUGCAGACAUUAUAGACACGCAGCGCGCCAAGCAGAAGCGCAAGGAGCGGCGGCUGAAGCGUACGCUGAUUGCUGGCGCGGGAUGGAUGGUAAUGGCUUACAUGUGUUACCUCAUGUACGUGACCGUACGCACCGCGCCACAGAUCUGGAAUCCGUAUGACAUCCUUGAAGUCGGAAUGUCGGCUUCUGAGAAAGAGAUCAAGUCUCGUUACAGGAAGUUGUCGACAACGAUGCAUCCGGACAAGCGUCAGCCAAACGAGGCGCUCAAUGAGACUGCAGAGGCCAUCAACGAUGCGUGGGUGGAAAUCGUCAAGGCCUACAAGGCAUUGACGGACGAGGACGUGCGCAGAAACUUCAUCGAAUAUGGCAAUCCCGACGGAAAACAGAGUACAAGUUUCGGCAUUGCGCUCCCGCAGUUCCUCAUUGCUGGUGGUAGCGGCAAGUACGUCCUGGCGAUCUAUGGUCUGCUACUUGGAAUUGGUCUCCCUUGGCUGGUCGGAAAGUGGUGGUAUGGGAUGCAAAGUAUGACUCGGGAGCGAGUACUGGUCACCACGGCAGGCAACAUGUUCAAGGAGUAUAACGACCGCAUGGACGGCGGAGAUGUUGCAGCAGCGGUGGCCAGCGCAGCGGAGUUCAAGGACAUCUUGCACGGAACAAAAGCAGACAGCGGUCUAGGCAAGGUAGAGAAAAAGCUAUACUCUUCCACGGAGAGCAGUGCCGUCAUGUUGGCCAAGGACAGGAAGAAGAUUCAGGAUCUUGAAGACCCUGUCCGUCGGAAAACACUUGCUUUGCUGUGGGCGUAUCUUACCCGGCUCGAUCUCGAAGACAAAACACUGGAAGCGGAAAAGUACGAACUCGCACCUACAGCACUUCAACUGGAAGAAGCAUUCGUGGCAAUCUGUUUGGCAUAUGGCUUCUCAGCGCCGGUCUUAGCUUCCUACCACUUGAGUCAGAGUUUGAUCCAAGCUCUACCACCUACGCCCGUUGGACGUGCGCCUCUCUUACAACUUCCGCACUUUACACCCAGCAUCAUCCGCAGCAUCGAAUCAUCUGCGAGUAGCAGCAAGGAACACAUGACCAUUCAAUCCUUCAUGGCGCUGCCAUCGGAGCAGCGUCAAGCCCUUGCCCAAGCGGCUGGYUUGACCAGGGACCGACUGAAAGCAGCCGAAGGCGUCGCUCUUCAACUGCCAUACCUCAAGGUGGAACGAGCGUUUUUCAAAGUGCAGGGCGAAAAGUACCUAACACCGUCGUCCCUCGUCCAGUAUGUUGUCAAAGCACGCUUUAUCCCACCAGGAACACCGGCAGCCAGCAUCCCACCAGUGAACGAGAAAGACUUGCUAGACAUUGAUCCCGCCGAAGGUGACCUGAAGGCACAGAAAGUUGAGCAAGAGCAGCACAAUGUUCCGCUUGCACACGCACCGUACUUCGCGCGAGACCGUGCGCCUCGAUGGCACAUCUUCCUCGCCGACAACCGCCAGGGCAAGAUUGCCGUGCCUCCUUUCACUUUCUCUAGUUUCGACAAGAAGCCUUUCGMCAGCGAAGGCAAGCCCACUUUCAAUGUCGUGACCCUUAAGAUGCAAUUUGCUGCGCCGCCACAGGCCGGAGAGUACAAGUUCCAGAUGAACCUGGUUUGCGACAGUUAUGUCGGAUUCGAUCACAAGCAGGAUGCCGUCAUGACCGUGGACGAUGCCAGCAAAGCGGUCGAGGUGGGAGAUGACGAUGACAUCUCAGAGCCCGAUGAAGACUCUAUCGCAGGCCAGAUGGCAGCUCUCCAAGGCAAGCCCGUUAGCGACGGCACUCAACCAGCUCGCCGCAAUGCCAAACUUCGCGAGAAGCUUGACGCCGAGGAGAGCGACUACGAAAGCAACACUGAUGAGGAUGAAGACGAAGAGAGCGAGACGGACACAGAUACCGAYUCCGAGGCGGAGGGAGCUGCCAAGCCAAAGGGCUGGUGGUAG